AGAUUCUCGGGCUCAGAACCAGAAUUUCUCCGUCUGAGGCUACUAUCUUGCUCUGGAGGAGGGAGUGAGAACUGAAUCACUGGUUAGCGUGGUAACUGUUUUGGACAACUGCAUAGCCACAGCCAGGAACAGAGAAGGCAGAGAGGCAGCCUUGAUCUGCAAGAGCUCCAGGUAGGCAGAGAAAAGCUGCCAAACUCCCAGGAGACAAGGGUUCAGCUCCUGUGCUACGGCUGAGAGUGAUGCCGAGGAAGACACUUUCCUCCGAGUCUUAGUCUGCCCGCCUGUGAGACUGGCUCGUAACAAACCCCUGACCCCAGGCUCGGUCGCCUUGAGCCCAAGAUCUCACCCAAUCUCCCCCGCCCCGCCUUCCCUCCCGGAAUCCCAGGAGGUGCGGGGACUCGGGGGGCGGCCCCUUCCUCGGGAGGCGCCCAGGUGGCACGUCUGUGCCUCAGCUCCCGGGGUCUCUGGGCUCCGCGCUGCCCACGGGGUGCCGAGGGGCCUCUGGAGGGGGCGGGUUCUCUCGAGCCAGAAAGUCCGGAGCCGCCCAGGAAUUUUGGCUCGAACUGAGUGCAUUUCCUCUCGGGCCGGCCGGGUGCGAUCCGGGAAGGGCGGCUGCGGGCAGACGCGGCGCUGCGCUCUGCCAGGCCGGCACCAUGCGGCCCCUGCUCUGCGCGCUGACCGGACUGGCCCUGCUCCGCGCCGCGGGCUCUUUGGCCGCUGCCGAACCCUUCAGCCCUCCGCGAGGAGACUCAGCUCAGAGCACAGCGUGUGACAGAUACAUGGCUGUGCAACGCCAUCUAGAUGUCAUGGAGGAGAUGGUAGAGAAGACCGUGGAUCACCUGGGGACAGAGGUGAAAGGCCUGCUGGGCCUGCUGGAGGAGCUGGCCUGGAACCUGCCCCCAGGACCCUUCAGCCCCGCUCCCGACCUUCUCGGAGAAGAUGGCUUCUGAGCCCUGGAGCUGGAGCCCAGCAGCUGGAGGUGGUGCACCUGCCAGGCAGCGCCCACAGAACCAGCCCUGUCCUCUCGCCUUCCUUCCUUAGCUUCAUGUGAAAUAAAAGCUAUUCUUCUGGUC